UUCUGUGUUCAAGUUUCGUGAUCGGCAAGAUAAAGAUGGCUACACGGUGAAGUGAAAAAAUAUUUCAGUUUUUAUAGGAGUUAUCGAAUAAUAUUUGUUAAUUAAAGUCUUCAGAAGUUCUAUAAGGCUUCGUUUUUAUUAUUCCUUGAGGAAUUGACGUUGAAGUGGUGGCGCGAUGGCAUACUCAUGCCCACGCGACCUGGACGGGUUUUUGCCUCAUAUGGCGAAAAAUGAUACCCGUUUGAGGCAGCAAGUGGGUGCGGAUCUCUUGACUUAUCUCGCUGAUCUUUCUAACCCAAUCGUAUGUCAGGACAUCGGACAGUUAGUUGAUGGGCUCAUUCCAUGGAUGCAGAGCAGCAAUUUCAAGGUAUCUAGUAAUGGCAUAGAGGUUAUGACCUAUCUGAUCGACAGACUUGGCACAGACUUCAGACCAUACUUGCAGACGGUUUUGCCAAAUGUUAUCGAUAGAUUGGGCGACGCCAAAGACACAGUUCGAGAGAAAUCUCAACUUCUUAUUUUGAAACUAUUAGAAAGAAACGUGAUAUCUCCACAACAUUUAUUAGAAAAGUUGAAUCCUUGUUUUUCGCACAAGAAUGCCAAAAUUAGAGAAGAAGUUUUAAGGUGUCUUGUGAAUACCUUAAAUGAACAUGGAACCCAUUCCUUAACUUUGAAUAAAUUCAUACCCGAUAUAGUGAAGCUAUUAUCGGAUCCUACAGCCACUGUGAGAGAUACAGCAUUCCAAACUUUAGUUGAUUUAUACAAACACGUUGGUGAAAAAUUACGAGUAGAUUUGCAGAGGCGAAAUCUGGUUCCUGCCUCAAAGUGGCCAACAUUGUGUGCUAGAUUCGAUGAAGUUAAAUGUAGUGGAGAACUUAUGAUAACUGCUUCUAAAAGUAUUGAAAUGGAUGAAGUUGAUAGGGUAGGAUUCUCAACACCUAUUGCAGCUCCCAUCAAAAAAGCUCCAUUGGGUAGUUCUGUGAAACGUAGUCUAAUUUCAUCAUCCAGUGCAAACUCAGCUGGUGCUGUAGAUGAAGAAACAUUUAUUCGUUCUUUUGAUGACGUACCAACAGUUCAGAUAUUUUCUGCAAGAGAAGUGACGGAAAUUUUGAGGAAUAUUCUAGAAACAAUAUCUGAUUCCAAUAAAGAAUGGAAUAAGAGACAAGAUGCAUUGAAAAAAAUUCGUUCUCUAGUCAAAGCGGGUGCAACCAGUCACGAUGAAUUCUACACAGGUCUCAAACAAUUAGAAAUCCCUUUACAAUCAACAUUGAAAGAUUUGAGGUCCCAAGUAGUUCGAGAAGCAUGUAUCUCCAUUGCAUAUUUAGUUCAAAAUAUUGGAAAUAAAUUUGAUAAGGCUACUGAACUUUUGAUGCCUCCUCUUUUGAACCUCAUACAGAAUUCUGCAAAGGUUAUGGCCACAGCUGGAAUUGUUACAAUUCGGUUCAUCAUCCAGAGCUCUCAUAAUUCACGAUUAAUUCCAAUUUUCACUUCCAAUGCAGUUAACUCUAAAAGUAAAGAUAUUAGACGGAGUUGCUGUGAAUUCUUAGAACAUAUCCUAACAAAUUGGCCAUCAAAUUCUCUUGAAAGACAUAUUGGGCUCCUGCAGGAAGCUCUCAAAAAAGGAAUUGCUGAUGCAGAUCCAGAAGCUAGAGUAUUCUCCCGAAAGGCUUUUUAUGGUUUUCGUGAACAUUUUCCUGACCAAGCUGAAGUUUUACUACAGUCUUUGGAAGUCAGUUAUAGGAGACAACUGCAAGGGGAACCCUCGGUAUCUGCUAGUUCUUCUCAUAAUAAUCUAAGCAGUGCAUUCAAACCACCCAGGCAGUAUUCUCGACCUACUCCAAGUACAGCAGAUUCAGGAAGGAAGGGUCUGCGCAGUAAUUCCGCUAUUGAUCUGCAAGCAGCUCAAAGGGCUAAGGCAAGAGCUCAAUAUGCCGCAAUGGCUAGAAAUAAAAUAGCAUCUGGUACAGCUAGUUUACAUGGAGACGUAACUUCUCACCAAGCAAGACCAAGAAAACCUUCAGAUUUGGCAGUGACUCAGUCACCUGAGAGGACCCCCAGGACAAAGAACAGAAGUUCACAAUCACAACCUACAAGUCGGUCAGCAUCUCCUAGUUCUAGACUUGCAUACCUUUAUAGGAGCUCAGAACACGACACUUCCAGACCUAGACGGUUAUCUUCUGGUAUACCUAGAUCAACUACCACUUCCAGAGAUACAUCCAGAGAAACCAGCCCUAACAGAAGUUCACUGAGUAGAUUUAGGAGCAGGAGUGAUCGCCCCCCUCUCAGUCCGGCUUCUAGACCUGUUCUUGCUCAAAAAAUUCUUCAGCAGAGUAGAGAGGCUGAAAAUGCAUUAGCUGAUGCAUUCAAUGACUCUACUGAUUCCUAUAGAUCUCCACGCAAAGUUAGUAUGCGCUCAAUGGAUGGAAUGCAUUCUGACGAAUCUGAAACAUCAAGUGUUUGCUCUGAACGAUCAUUUGAUUCAUACAAGAGACCAUGUGAUUCUUAUUCUUGGAGUGGUUCCCAACAACGAUUGUCUAAUAGAGACUGGGAACCUAGUCAAGACAUCAACGAGAUAAUAGCAUUGUGCACAAGUUCAAUAUGGCAAGAAAGGAAAGAUGGUCUUAUGUCUUUGCAGCACUUCAUGAGCUCAGAUAAGAUUAUUAAGCAAGCAGAAUUGAAGCACUUGACUGAAAUAUUCACCAAAAUGUUUAUGGAUGCUCACACUAAAGGUUUAAGUUUGUUUUUGGACACACUCCAUGAAGUAAUUAAAUUAUACAAAAAUGACCUACACUAUUGGAUCUAUGUCUUGCUUCAGAGAGUGUUUCUGAAGAUAGGAACAGAACUACUGAAUUCAGUUCAGAGUAAACUCCUGGUCACCCUUGAAAUUGUCAGGUCCAACUUUCCGAUACCUCUAUUGAUUUCGAAUGUGUAUAGAUUUCUUGUUGACUCCACUCAAACUCCAAAUGCUAAAGUUAAAACAGUUGUACUCAAUUAUUUGACUACUCUCUGCAACUCAAUAGAUUCUAGCGAAUUUUCAUUUCAAGCGCAUGCCUUGCAAGCCUUGCAGAAAAUUAUUAUUUUCUCACAAGAUUCGAAAUCGGCAGAAUUACGAACUGCUGCUAGAAAUUGUGUAGUUGCUAUGUGGAAUUGUAAUACAUCACAAGUCACAAUGAUGCUAUCAGAAUUACCUAGAGAUCUUCAGGAUAUAGCUUCAAGCAUUGUGAACUCGCAUAUGAGAAAGGCCUCUAACAAUAGCGAGCCUAGCAGCCCAUUAGUAGGAGCAAGUCCAAAGGCUGUUUCUCCAAAUACUCCGCCCAAUAGAAAUGGUUUUGACCAGGAAGAGAUAUAUCGAAGUUUGAGAAAAACUACAACGGAAAUACAAAAUUAUAGUUAUGAAACUUUGGGUACAAAGCUAGAUAGAGAUAGGGACACAACUUCACAAGACUCUGGUAUAUCACAGAUGUCAUUGGGAAAUGAAAAAGCUGAAAUUGUUGCACUGGAAGAAAAAAUGGAAGAUUUGACUUUGAAGUCUGGAUCUCAUUCUUUGCCAUAUUGUAAUGUGAAUGGUUUUUCCAAAACAGAAUCGAAUGGUUUCAGAAGUUUGGGAAUCCCUUGCACCGAUAUUGUAAAGAGUAUCAUAGAGAUUUGUACUAUCGGUAAUCCUACUCCUGCCUUUGAAAAAAGAGAACUGAUGGAACAAUUAAUAGAUUUAAUACAAAAAGGCCAAACGGAGAGUAUAAAAUUGAAUUUCAAAAAAUUACUGAAGAUAUUUUUGGAUCACUUGAAUGAGAAGAAUAAUCAUACAACUCAAGUAGUAGUGUUACAAAUUCUAACUGCCAUAUUCAAAUGUGAAGAUUUAAGAGAAUAUUGGAGGAAUUUUGUUGAAUUGUUAACAUUGAGAGUAUUGGAGGCGAAUUGUCAUGAAAAAAGAGAGGUUGUCAAAAUGGCUGAGAUAACAGCAGCGGCGAUGAGUGUUUGCCCUUUCAAUGUAGUUGUUAGUACAUUAGCACCAAUUAUUCUCACAAGUCCAUAUCCGUCAGUGUUGGGUGCAAUAAAAAUGCUAACAAAGUUGGUAGAAUCCAACCCACAUGAACUGAAAGAUGAGUACCUUGAGCAAAUCAUGCCAGGCUUAAUAAAAGGGACAGAUCACGUUGAGAGUCCAGUUAGAAAAAGCUCCAUCUUUUGUAUGGUAGCAAUUUAUAAAGCUGUAGGAGAAGAAAGAUUGGAGGAAUACAUCAGUAAACUGAGUGCUAGUAAAGUGAAGUUACUGCACUUAUAUAUUGACAGAGUAGAGCAAAAUACAUCAGUACCCACCAGCCCCAAAAACACUGCAACUAGCUAGUCCCUGUCGUAAGUAGAUUGUGAAGCAAUAUAGAGAAACAUGUACAUUUUUUACGAUUCGUGGCUUGAUUUUUAAGUAUAAACUUUUUUGAAAAUCAAAUAUAUUUUAUACAAAUAA